AUGCAUGUGUACGACAGACACAGGGAGGCCAGCAUCUCGACGGGCGGCGACGUGGCCCUCGAGUCCUUGGCCAACUUGGCGCUGCACUUAACCCUUGACCUCCAGGCAGGUCACGACUUCUACGACCAUGCCUUCGCCUCAACGGCUCUAAAAAUUCCCUACGUUGCCUUGAACUACAAAAUCUUCGAAAAAGUGCUAUCCGAGGACACGCUGAAGGUCCUUACCAUCAUCCAGCAUCAUCGCUCUCAUGUUCCUACCACGCUCCUUCUCUCCUUCAGGUACCAAGAACACGUUCCUGCUGGGGAGCGCCGCGCCCUCCUGCUGGGAACCGUGUGGCCGCACUUCCUACCCUUCGUCAGCCGCUGGGUCGACGUCACCAGUUACCGGGUGUUGUGCCGGAUCCGGAUAGCCAUCCUGACGGAUCGCGUGGCCAAUACCGGGGAGCCUGUGCAGUACACCACAUCGGCCGUCGACACAACCUCCUGCUUCUACCAUGUCAAGACCUUCUGGCGCCACCUGGCUUGGCCGGACCCCUGCUCCUCGUACACGAUGCUCGUGAAGAUGAUCGAGAGCAUGUCGGGAGCAGCGGACUACUACGUGUACCUUCUACAGCAGCGCCUACACACCCUCGCCACGGACACGCAGGAGGACGAGCGAGCGCAACAGCUGUGCAUCACCGUCAACAACAUGGAGCACGUGAGACACUCGCUCACGCUGCUCAAGGAGGAACUGCAGAUCGACCAGGUGACGCAGAUCCUGGACAGCCAAGACCCUCGGGGCAGCGGAACCACCUACACUGAUCACGUGACCAGCCUGCUCCUGGCCGGGCUCGGCAACCUCGACUCCAAGAUCGCCGGGUCCAUGUCUCCCGUGGCAGACAAGAUGCGCCAGGAACUGCAGAAGGACGUGUUCCACCUAGCAUGGUCCCCGGACUCCCUGCCUGCCGAGGAGGCCGUCCGACCCCUGCUGGAGCGCCUCUACGCCUCUCUGGCCACGUACUCUGCGGCGCUCCUGAAGAACAACCUGGACCGGCUCCUGCACCUGCUGUGGCUGGCUGUGCUCAACGCCCUCACCGAGCAGAUCGGGAAGGACACGGACGAAAAGCAAGAGGCGUUCUUCGUCCGCCUGUACGACGCCCUGCGCCUCCUGAGGGAGUUCUUCCACGCCCACGGCCGCGGCCUCGACAACAACACGCUCAUGGGCGAGGAGUAUUCGUUCCUCGAAAGACAGCUGAGGCUCCACAAGACGCCGACGGACUCCCUGAUCGAGGCCUACCAUCUGGAGCGCCUCCUGGAGCAGGAACGCACGGAGGGCACCGAGUACGGCUCGCUGUUUGUGCGCGUCUACUUCAACCACGACUCGCUAUGCGUGGAGGUGCUGCAGGCCAGGAACGUCAUCCCGCUCGACCCCAAUGGCUUCAGCGACCCGUUCGUGGUGAUCGAGCUGCUUCCGAAGCGGCUGUUCCCGGGCUCGGGGCCGCAGCAGACCAACGUGCACAAGAAGACGCUGCACCCGCUGUUCGACGAGUGCUUCGAGUUCCCCGCCUCCCUCGAGAGCUGCCAGGCGGAGGGCGCCAUGAUCCUCUUCACCCUCAUGGAUCAUGACGUCAUCACCUGCAACGACUUCGGCGGCGAGGCCUUCCUCUCCCUCAACACCAUCCCGGGCGUCGCGUCCUCGGCGUCCGUCGAUAACUUCCACGGCCUUAAGCCCAUCGAGCUCAACCUUAUGUUCCAGAAGGAUCCAGAUAACAUUAUCCUGAAGGUUCUGGAAACCCGGACGAACGACAAGAUGGCGAUGGACUUUGUCAAGAAGCAGAAGGAGCGAAUCGCCAAACCGAUUUAGAGCGCUUCACACUCAGUCAAAUGUCUUUUCACAAACACAUUAAUGACAAAAGGGGAGUCACUUCUCAACCCCCUUGUGGCGGAUCAAUAAGCCCUUACAUAAAACAUCCACGGAGCCCAGCACGCGAUUCUGCAGUGGCAUUCUUUCCCUGUGGUUUUCGCUCCGUGUCAGUCCAACGAGUCUCUUGGAGCCGGGAGAACUUCCUGC